AUGACUCAAUCGUAUCCGUCAGUGCAAUCAUUCUACAUGAGGGAGACUCCCACGGAAGGCAAUGCAAGUGCAAAUCCCUCACCUUCAAGUCGAGCCGAUGGCUUCACCGAAGAGGAAUUGGCCGAUGCAUUCGACCCAUUGAACAGAAAAUGGAAUCCAGAACGCGAAUACGAAGAAACCACUAUUGAUAACCUCAUCCCAGGCCCAAGAGCAGUUACAUUUGUGGGCAGAGUCGUUAACUUCAGCACCAUCCUCGGCAAUAGCCAAAAGCAACCCCAAGCUACCGGCUGGCAUUAUCUUGUCAUCAAAGAUGAUACUGCAGCUAUUUCGAUCAAGUUGUAUUUCGCCCGCCAGCAAUACCCUCUUAAGCUGGGCCAGCUUCUUUCCAUCUGGACAUGCUUCAUCUCGGAUAUAUCAAAAGCGGAAGGGUCAGCAAUCAUUGGUGUGCGCGUUUACGCAAAUUUGUUUCCAGGACGUGUCAAUUCGGACCAUGUCAUGAUACCCACGAGCAGCAACACCGACGGCAUCUGCCACGUCCCACCCGAAUGCCGCAAAGCACAGCCGCUCCCUGGGCUUAUGACGCUUGCUAGCUACCUCGGUGGUGGGUAUGAUGGUGUCGAUGGUGCAAAGAUACUCGUGUGCGUCAAGAGCAUUGGGGGCAGGAGGAAAAUCACAAAGAAGAAGGGAGGAGAAAGCGAGUUGACUGAUAUCCAACUUUUUGAUCACACUGGGGAAGUACGGUUGACGGUUUGGAAUGAGAUGAUUGAUUCGGCAAGGGAUUGGCAGCCUGGAAAGACCAUCCUGAUGAUUUCCAAUCCCGGAUACAAGGUGGGAUAUUCUAAGGGAAGCGUAGGUAUCACCUGGGGAACAAUGAUAGAUGUUGGGCCUGAAUUUUCGGAUGCUGAGUGGCUGAGAAAGUAUGCUGUGGGGUUGACGAAGAAAGAAAGUUUGUGCAUGGAGUUUCCUGAGGACCUGUGGGAUGUUGAAGCUACAGAGUAUGGUGUUAACAGGAUGUUUUUCACGCUUGCUGAGCUUGAUAGGUGGGUACGCUCAGAUGGCCAUCAUGUCUUCACCGGCUUUAUAAACGUCACAGUUAUCGAAAUGUCUCUCGUCUCCCUACAAUGCCGCAACAUGCUCAGCUGUGGCGUACCAAUCUAUGCCAAUGCCCUCACAACACCAUGCCGCAACUGUUCUAGCCCCUUGAACCUCCGCCUCAAUCCUAAAAUCAUUGGUACCCUCCUCGACGAAACAGGAUGCAUCGCCCCGGGAAAACUCCUUUGGAGUGAUCGUGCUUGGGAACAACUUUUCAACCGCACUAUUAAAGACAUCACCGAGAUGAGCUCUGAGGAGGCGAGAUGGUACGAGCAGAGGAUUAUGUUUAUGAGAAUGCAUUUGGUGGUUGGCUGGGCGGAGAAUGUGGGGAGGUUAGCUGUGCUGGGGAUUAUGAUGUGA